AUGGAUAAGUUAGAUCCUCCUAAGUCUUUGAUAUUAACAGGAAAUUUAGCUGAAAAUUGGAGAAGGUUUAAACAGCAGUUUGAAAUCUAUCUGAUAGCAUCGGGUUUAGACAAAAAGGACGUAAAAGUUCAAGCAAUGGCGUUGCUACACGUGGCUGGCUAUGAAGCGUUGGAAGUGUAUAAUACAUUUCAGUGGGACACAGCAGGGGAUGAUGUCAAAGUUGAUAAAAUAAUGGAGAAAUUUGAAAGAUAUUGUAAUCCAAGAAAGAAUUUAACAUUUGAUAGACAUUCGUUCUUUACAAGAAACCAACAGGAAGGUGAGACAAUAGAUACAUACGUUACUGAACUAAGAAAUAAAGCCUCUAGAUGUGAAUUUGCUGAUCUUAAAGAUGGAUUAAUGACAUAAUUAAUGACUCUGUAAGAGCACGUCUGCUUCGGGAAUCUGAUUUAAGCUUGGAGAAAUGUGUAGAUAUUUGUAGAGCAUCUGAAAUAAGUGCCUUCCAAUUGAAGGAACUUACUGAUGAAAAGUCAGUACAUGCAGUGCGGGUUGAAGAUAAGGCGGGUCAAAGUGAUACAUGGAAGGAAAAGAGAGAAGAGAAAAGGGAUAAAACUGGUAAUAAUAUUUGUAACUAUUGUGGUUAUCGACAUAGGAGAGGUCGUUGCCCAGCAUAUGGUAAGAACUGCAAUAGAUGCAAAAAGUUGCAUCAUUUUGCCAGUAUGUGCAAAGCAAAAGAGAUAAACUUUGUUGAUAAAACUGAUGAAGAACAAGAUCAACAUUUUUUUAUUGGAACAGUUAAGUCGGAUGAAGCGAAGCAGGACGAUUGGUGUGUAAAUUUGAAAGUAAAUGAGCAUACCACCUCAUUUAAGAUUGAUACAGGGGCCCAGUGUAAUGUCGUGCCAGUGAGCCUGUGUAGAAAAGUUGGAAUUGAAUACAAUCACAAAACUGGAGCUAAGUUGAUUUCAUAUUCAGGUCAUGAGAUUAAGGCAGUAGGCAAAGUCACAAUUGCAGUUGAAUGCAAGAACAAGUAUUAUUUGCUGGAUGUACAAGUUGUAAACUCUGAUGUCAUACCAGUAUUAGGGUUGCCAAGCAGCAAUGAAUUAAAUUUAAUUCAGAGAGUUCAUAACAUUGAGUCAAGUAAUGACCAAAGCACUGAAGAAAUUUUGGAAAAGUAUGAAUAUUUAUUUGAAGGAAUUGGUACUCUACCAGGAGAAUAUGAAAUUAAAAUUGAAGAACCUGCCAGUCCAACAAUUUAUCCACCAAGACGAAUUCCGCACCUGUUAAAGGAUAAGGUAAAAGAUGAGUUGAAUAGAAUGGAAGCAAGGGGCAUUAUAACAAAAGUUGAACAACCAACCAAAUGUGUUAAUCCAAUGGUGAUGGUGAAGAAACCAAAUGGUGAUGUACGAAUUUGCCUUGAUCCGGUGGAUUUGAACAAGGUGAUUCAACGAGAGCAUUAUACGUUAAAAACAGUUGAAGAGGUAGCAGCUAGCCUUGGGAAUGCAAACAUAUUUAGCACAUUGGAUGCCACGUCUGGGUUUUAUCAAAUAAAGCUUACAGAGGAAAGUACAUGGUUUACGACCUUCAAUACACCUUUUGGAAGGUAUAAAUUUGAAAGAUUGCCAUUUGGAAUUGUAUCAGCACCAGAGGUUUUCCAAAGAAAUCUGGCUCAGACUUUUGAGGAUAUUGAAGGAUGUGAGGUGAUCGUGGACGAUUUUUGGUAUGGGGUAAGGAUGAGACCGAGCAUAAUGAAAGAUUAAAGAAGGUAAUAGAGAGAGCAGCUGAAGUAGAUUUAAGGUUUAACAAGGAGAAGUGUAAAUUUAACAAGAAGGAAGUGAGAUAUGUUGGACAUAUAUUUGGGAGUGAUGGUCUGAAACCAAAUCCAGACAGAGUUCAAGCUAUCAUAGACAUGCCAGUACCUCAGGAUCGUAAGAGUCUACAAAGAUUUUUGGGAAUGGUUAACUAUUUGAAUAAGUUUAUUCCAAACUUAGCAGAUAUAAGUAGACCACUUAGAGAGUUAAUGGAGUAUUCAGUGGCAUGGCACUGGAUGGAGAAACAGCAAGAAGCAUAUGAUAUCCUUAUUACGUUGAUUGCUCAAGCGCUUGUGUUGAAGUAUUUUGACCUUGAUUCUGACAUUACAAUUUCAGUUGAUGCAUCUUCCGAAGGCUUGAGAGCUUGUCUGUUACAAGGAAAUCAGCCAGUAGCUUAUGCAUCACGAGCUUUAAAUCGGGCAGAGCGUAAUUAUGCACAAAUAGAAAAGGAGAUGCUUGCAAUUGUGUUCGGUGCCACCGAGUUUCAUCAAUAUAUUUAUGGAAACACUGUGACAGUAGAGACAGAUCAUAAGCCUCUGGAAAGUUUGUUUAAAAAGGCACUUUGUAAAGCACCGCAAUGUAUACAGAGAAUGAUGCUUAAAGUACAGCAAUAUGAUUUGAAGGUAAAAUAUAUACCAGGUAAAACAUUGUAUAUUGCAGAUACUCUUAGUCGUGCUAGUCAGACCAGUAUGUCAGAGUGCAUGGAUAAGGAAGAAUUUGAAGUUCAUUUAUUGGUACCAAUAUCACAAGAAAAAGCAGAAGAGUUUAAGAGGGAACUAGAUCGAGAUCCCAUUAUGGUAAAACUUAAAGAAACAGUGUUGCUAGGCUGGCCAGAUAAAAUAUCUGAAGUAGACCCAGAUUUACAAGAAUAUUGGAAUUUCAGAGAUGAAUUAUGUAUCUGUGACGGACACUUGUUAAAAGGUGAUCGCCUAAUUACACCAUCUGCUCUUCGUCCAGAAAUGGUAGACAAGAUACAUAGUAGUCACUUGGGAAUGGAGAAAUGUCUUAAUCGAGCAAGGGAUUGUCUAUUUUGGCCAGGUAUUACUAAGCAAAUUCAAGAUAAAGUUGCCAAAUGUCAAGUUUGCAACCGGUAUAGAAAUAAGCAAGUGAAAGAGCCGUUAAUACCGCAUCAAGUACCUGACCGGCCUUGGCAGAUUUUGGCAGCUGACAUGUUUGUAUUAGGCAAAGACAAAUAUUUACUUCUCGUGGAUUAUUAUUCAAAAUAUUUUGAAUUAAUUAGAGUCACAGACAGUACAAGUAAUACGGUAGUGAAUGUUCUUCAACAACACCUGGCCAGAUAUGGACUUCCAGAGAUUCUUUAUACGGAUAAUGGUCCAGAGUUUGCCAGUAAGGAAUUUUUCAACUUUGUCAGAAAGUACCAGUUUCAGCAUGUCACAUCAUCACCAACUUUUCCACAAAGUAAUGGGUUUGUCGAGAGAACUAUACAGACAGCAAAGAAAUUGCUGAAGAAAGCUUGUGAUGAUGGGAGCGAUCCUCAUUUAGCACUUUUGGAAUUGCGAAAUACUCCAAUACAGGGAGUUGGUUUAUCACCGAUGCAACUAUUAAUGGGCCGUCGUGGUAAAACACUUAUACCUAUAAAGCAGUCCUUGUUAAAGCCAAUGGCAUAUGAUGGAGAAAAGGUUCAACAAUCAUUAACAGAGAAGCAAAAAAUCCAGAAGAAAUAUUUUGACCGAGGAAGUAAAACUUUAGCACCGUUACAGGAGGGAGAUACUGUGAGGAUGAGAUGCGGAAACACCUGGGAACCAGCCAGGUUAGUGGGAGAAUCUAAACAAGGAGAACCUAGAUCGUUUGUUGUGACCGCCAAUAACAAAGAAUACCGGAGGAAUAGAAAACAUAUACUAAAGACUUCAGAAGAAAUUCGUUCAAGUCCAGAGAAGACCAGUACAAUAGACAUUGAAGAACCUGUUUAUAGUGAGUAUGAUACAGUGGGAGUAUGUGGUGAAAAGCAAAUUGAAACAAGUGGCAAAAGCAUACAAGAAGAAACUAAUGGGACAUUAGUAAUCACCAGUUGUAAGUAA